AUGGCGGUCGAGGCGAAGCCAGGGAGCGGCGUGUCGACCAAUAAGGGCUGGUUUGCGAUAGCGUGGAGCAAGACGGGGUACAUGUUCCCUGAUGACGCUGUCGUGGGUGUUGCGGGGAACAGCCGACCCUCGGCGUACGCGUUAGAAGGCUACAGUCAAACCACGGUUGCGCCCACGUCGAGGUUCAGCCUUGGGAAUGCCGCGCUCGCAUGGGGACCAAGUGGCGUCGUGAUGAGGUUCACGCGGAACGGAACGGACGGGUUAGUUCCAGUGAAGUACAGCGGGGCGAAUCAGAUCAUCUGGGCGUUCGGUUCGAGUGGCAGGCCAACCGACCACGGCAUGAACAGGGGUGGUAAAUCGGUGGACUUCUCGUGCCUCCCAGCGCCCUCCAAUCCCCCUCCCCCUCCCCCCAAACCAUCGCCCAAGCCAUCCCCCCAACCUUCCCCCAAGCCUUCCCCAAAGCCGUCCCCCCAACCUUCCCCCAAGCCAUCCCCCAAGCCAUCCCCCAAGCCAUCCCCCAAGCCAUCCCCAAAAACUUCCCCGAAGCCUUCCCCCAAGCCGUCCCCCAAGCCGUCCCCUCAGCCAUCUCCUCCCCCGUGCAAGCCCUCUGCGUGCAAGGCGUCGACUCUUCCUGGAUUCACCAGCUCAGUGGACCUCACGGUCGACUCAAAAGCACAAUGCCUCCCUGCCUUUUUCCUACUCCCCACCUGUCCCAAACCAACCCCAUCCCCUUCCCACCUCCUCCCUCUCCUUAUUAAUGUCUAUCUUCAACACACGACCUAUAUUCGUCCCUCUUCCCAUCCCUCCUCUCCCCCCUUCCCCUCCAGCUUUGUGCUCCACUGGAAGCGCCAGGGGCGGCAGAGUUUGUCUCUAGCGGUGGAGGCGAAGGCCAGCAGUGGGGCCCACAAGGGCUGGUUCGCCCUGGGCUGGUCCAAAACGGGCUCCAUGUCCCCUGCUGACGUGGUGGCUGGGAACCUCGCCACGUCAGCAUUGCCACCUGGCAAGUCAGCAGCAGCUGUGGCAGCCUAUGGGAUAACUGGCUAUGCAGCGAGCGCAGUGAGACCGUCAAGCAAGUUUGCGAUUGCAGCGACUGGGUUCAGCUCAACAGCGCGGGGAGCAAUCAUGAGGUUCUCGCGCAACAGCACUGAUGGCUCCGUGCCUGUGAAGUACAAUGGACUGAAGCGCCUCAUCUGGGCCUUCUCCCCUGAUGGCUCCAAGAUUCUCGCCUACCACAACAAGAACUGGGGAACCAAGGCUGUGGACUUCAUGUGCGUUCCUUGCUCCUCUCCCAAACAAUUGUGA